AUGCAGGAUCAAGGCUUUUUGCAACAAGAGGAGAGUGAUGCUGCCUUGGCACGGCAGUUGCAUCAAGAAAUAAACGGACCUGAUGGAAGUGCAAAUCCUUCUAAAAGCGAGACAAAUCCGAAUCGAACACAAGGUGGUAUUACUUUGGAAUGCCCUGCAUGUACCUUUAUUAACAGCUAUAAUGAUAUUGUUCCUGGUGUUCGAUAUACCUGUGAGCAAUGCCACACACCACUUUCUCUUGCUUCUACCCAGAAUCCCAGUGUAUUAUCAACCAAUGAAAAAAAACUUGUGAAAUGCAACCUUUGUGAAUGCUUGAACAAAAUUCCUAAUGGAACUUAUGAUGCCAUCCUCUGUGGUGGUUGUUCUCAUGAGCUAAAAAAAGGUCAGACGCAAAAUAACAGUCAACCUCAGCAAUCACAUUCUGAAACAACACGACGAAUUCAAGUUCGCUGUGGAGAAUGUGGUAGUGUAAAUGCCGUACAAGUUGGAAACGAUGUGUUUAAUGUUCGUUUUGAAUGUGGCUCUUGUCAGGUGGUUAACGAAGUAUCUCUGCAAUGA